AUGUUCACCAACACAACAUCAUCUUGCAGCUGUGCUCGCAAAAGAGUCCGGUGUAUAGCAGCAUCACUAAAACUAGCCACAAGCAUAGCUAGUUCAAACGGGUACUCGAAAUUGAAAUCUAACACCCAAUCUCGACCUACGAACAACAUAGUAAGGAUCCCAUGUGAAGGUAGAAUUCCUUUGUGCAUCCCCUUCGUCUCUGACUCCUUAACUGCUGCUAUACACCGGACUCUUUUGCGAGCACAGCUGCAAGAUGAUGUUGUGUUGGUGAACAUCCCGAACGACAGCAUCAAGCGACAGUUAGCUCGAAAUAGAUUCUACGAUAGGCAAUGCGUGUCAGAAUGUUGCGUGGUUUGUCCAUUCGGUAAGGCCGGUGAUUGCACGAGAAUCGGAGUUAUUUACCAAAUAGAAUGCCUUACGUGCAACGCCAUUUAUAUUGGAGAAACUGGAAGGAUGCUGAACGUGCGUGUCAAGGAACAUUUGGCUGGUAAAAGGCGAGGGAGUUCGACGACACCGUUAGGGCGUCACAAAAAUGAUAAGCAUGAAGCAAUCAAUUACCAAUGA